UUUAAAUAAAAUGUUGUAAUAUUAAUUUUGUACUAACACUGAAAUAAUUACUUUUUCUUGAAUUCUUUUUGUCUUUCAGGAUCUUUGCUUAAAAAGUCUGGACAUUGUUUUCCCAAUUUAUGAAAGGUAUACAGAAGUGCUUCUACACGAUCUAAUAAAGAUUUAUCAUGGACUACCAAAAUCGACCAGGUGGUAAAACUGGUAGUGGUGGUGUAGCAUCAUGGACAGAGACGAACAAAGAUCGACGAGAACGUCUCAGACAAUUGGCAUUGGAGACUAUCGAUCUUCAAAAAGAUCCUUAUUUUAUGAAAAAUCAUUUGGGAUCAUAUGAAUGUAAAUUGUGUUUGACAUUACACAACAACGAAGGAAGUUAUUUGGCGCAUACCCAAGGAAAAAAGCAUCAAGCAAAUUUAGCUCGACGAGCUGCUAAGGAAGCUAAAGAUGCUCCGCAACAACCAGCUCCAGAAAAACCAAGAGUGGAAACUAAAAAGUUUGUUAAGAUAGGUCGACCUGGUUAUCGGGUGACUAAACAAAAAGACCCUGAAUCUGGACAGCAGAGUUUACUAUUUCAAAUUGACUAUCCUGAAAUAACUGAUAAUGUUCGUCCCCGUCAUCGAUUUAUGUCGGCUUAUGAACAAAGAAUUGAACCACCUGAUAGGAAAUGGCAAUAUCUGUUGUUUGCUGCAGAACCCUAUGAGACAAUUGCUUUUAAAGUGCCUAGUCGCGAAGUUGAUAAAUCUGAAAUGAAAUUUUGGGCCCAUUGGAAUAGUCAAGCUAAACAGUUUUAUCUUCAAUUUGCCUACAAAGUGGAACAAAUGAAACCUCCUCCGCCGAUGAAACCUCCUCCACCAUCUCUACCACCUCCGCCACAACAUAAUAUGAUGCAUCAACCUGGAUCUAAUAUGAUGUCACACAUGUUCCCGCCGCCACCUAUGUAUAAUCCAGGACCACCGCCCAUGAUGAAUAACAUGAUGCCUCCGCCACCGCAAUUGAUGGGUUGAUAGAUUUGACUAUUGAAUUACAUUUAUUUAAAUAAUUAUUUUCCUAGUGCAUUUUUCUUUUUUCACAAAAUAAGGUUAAGUUAAUACUGCAAAAUUAUAAUAAGUUCAUAAAGAUAUGAAAUCUAUUUUAUUUUA